AUGAGUCAGCAUAAUUACAAUAUCAACAACAACAACCACACCACCCACAGCCACCGCCUCCACCAACCACCAACCACCAAUCGCAACCACAAUGCCACCAUCAUAACCCCAUCACCAACAGCAACCGUCCCCGCAACCACAACGUACAGCAACAACCACAGCAAAUCCACAACCACCAACACCCAGGACCUCCAGCCACCACCUGGCCAGCCCACCCCGGCGCCGUGCCUCGAGGGGCCAAUCCCAAGCUCCGCCCGAAUGCCAUUCCAAGCCCGGCCCCGAAGUGCCAAUAUCCCAGGCACUCCGGAGAAGCUGAGGGAGCACAGCGGAGCCUUCGUGAUCCGGAUGCCCGAGCGAGUCUUCCUUAUCCGAAGAGCUCCUGUGACAUUCGAGACCCGCCACUUUGUAACAGUACCCCCCGACUGGCCCCCGCCCCCCCCCCUCCCCUGUAACCCCCUCUUUGUAACUGUAUCGGUCCGUAAUCAAGUCUUCAGUCUACGCUACAAGAAUCUGACACCAUCUGACACAGCAGCCGUGGCAGAAGUGAAGUGA